ACGCGAUAUAUUCCCGUCGGAAUGGUUCGUAAGAAGAUAGACAAUCGGAUACGAGUUUUAAUAGAGAAUGGCAUCACCGUGGGACACAGGACGAUGUUCGUCGUUGUCGGCGAAAAAGCAAGGGACCAAGUGGUAUUGUUACAUCACAUGUUAUCCAAGACUGUUGUCAAAGCAAGACCUUCUGUGUUGUGGUGUUACAAAAAGGAUCUAGGUUUUAGUAGCCACAGAAAGAAACGAAUGAAAUCAUUGCAAAAGAAAAUCAAAUCAGGCAAAUUGGAUGUUAAUGAGGAUGAUCCAUUUGAAUUGUUUGUUAUUUCGACUAAUAUUCGGUAUUGUUACUAUAGCGAGACGCACAAGAUACUGGGUAAUACAUAUGGCAUGUGUGUAUUACAGGAUUUUGAGGCUAUUACACCGAACUUAUUGGCACGUACUAUUGAGACUGUAGAAGGUGGUGGAAUCAUUAUAUUUUUGCUGCAGUCUAUGAACUCUUUGAAGCAAUUGUAUACAAUGAACAUGGAUGUUCAUCAGAGGUUUCGUACAGAAGCUCAUAAAGAUAUAGUAUGUCGAUUCAAUGAGAGAUUUAUGCUGUCGCUGGCCUCGUGUACUAGAUGUUUGGUUGUUGAUGACCAGCUGAAUGUGUUGCCUAUUUCCUCUCACAAUCUAAGGAUAGAACCUGUGCCUAAAUUAGCCAUUUCAGAAGAACAAUCGAGCUUGGAUGCUUUAAAGGAGAGUCUGCAGGACACUCAACCUGUAUCUGCAUUAAUUAAUUGCUGUAAAACAGUCGACCAGGCAAAGGCGGUCCUUAAAUUUAUCGAAUGUAUCUCCGAGAAAACUUUGCGUUCUACCGUAUCGCUGACCGCGGCUAGAGGACGUGGAAAAUCCGCUGCGUUGGGCCUCGCCAUCGCCGGAGCUAUUACCUUUGGAUACUCCAACAUUUACAUCUCGAGUCCUAGUCCGGAGAACUUGAACACUCUCUUUGAAUUUGUCUUCAAGGGAUUUGAUGCACUGGGAUAUCAAGAACAUCUCGAUUAUGGUUUGGUACAGUCCACAAAUCCAGAGUUUAACAAGGCUAUUGUACGUAUAAACAUAUUCCGAGAUCAUCGCCAAACGAUUCAGUAUAUACAUCCAACUGACACCCAUAAGUUAAAUCAAGCUGAGUUGCUUGUAAUCGAUGAAGCAGCAGCAAUUCCAUUACCCUAUGUCAAAGCAAUGCUUGGACCAUAUCUAAUAUUUCUCGCGUCGACUAUAAACGGAUACGAAGGCACAGGUCGAUCCUUGUCACUCAAAUUGCUACAACAAUUGAGGACACAGACUACUGGGUCAAAUAGCCACAAGAAAAGCGAGAAAGAGCAAAAUGAAAAAACUCUUAUCGGAAGACAGUUGCACGAACUCACUCUCGAUGAAUCGAUACGUUACAAGCCGGGUGAUUCUGUAGAACAAUGGUUGUGUGAUUUACUUUGCCUGAAUGUUACACAUGCACCCAUUCUUUCCGGAUGCCCUCCUCCCGACAUGUGUCAGUUGUACUAUAUAAAUAGAGACACAUUGUUCUCAUAUCAUAAAGCUUCAGAAUUGUUCUUGCAGAGAUUAAUCUCUCUAUAUGUUGCAUCGCAUUAUAAAAAUACCCCUAAUGAUUUACAAAUGAUGUCAGACGCACCUGCGCAUCAUCUAUUCUGUCUCUUAGGGCCUGUAGAUUCUAAUAAAAGGACUUUACCUGAGAUAUUAGUAGUUCUUCAAAUAUGCUUGGAAGGCCAGGUGAGCAAAACUAGCAUAAAUGAUGGUCUCGCACGAGGUCGAAGAGCAGCGGGUGAUCUAAUACCAUGGACGAUCGCUCAGCAAUAUCAAGACGAAGAUUUUCCAGUAUUAUCUGGUGCACGUAUUGUUAGGAUUGCUACACAUCCUGAUUAUCAAGGAAUGGGAUAUGGCAGUCGUGCAUUGGAAUUAUUGAAGCAAUACUAUGAGAUGAAAAUACCCAAUGUCAAUGAAAGUGUCAUGCAAGAACCAAUAGCAGAAAUAAAAAAUAUUUCUGAUGAAGCAGUCGGUUUGUUAGAAGAAACUAUCGAACCUCGUAGUUCGCUGCCACCACUUCUGUUAAAAUUAAGUGAAAGACAUCCGGAACAUUUGAAUUACAUUGGAGUGUCUUUUGGAAUUACUGAGCAUCUACUAAAAUUUUGGAAGCGGUCCAAUUUCGUACCUGUGUAUUUAAGACAAACGUCGAACGACAUAACGGGAGAGCAUUCCUGCAUAAUGCUUUGUAAAAUUAACGUAGAACAGGACAAUGACAAAUGGCUGCAAGCUUAUUGGACCGAUUUCCGUCGGAGAUUCAUAAGUCUGCUUUCGUAUUCGUUUAACACUUAUGCAGCAUCACUUGCAUUAAGCAUAUUAAUUAACAAGACAAUAUCCUUAAAAUCUGUUACAUUGAGUAAAGAAACGUUGAAUGUUUAUUUUACAUCGUACGAUCUAAAGCGCUUACAAAUGUACAGUAACAAUAUGGCGGAUUAUCAUUUAAUUAUGGAUUUAAUACCGUCGUUAGCACGCCUACAUUUUUUAAAUAUGAUAGGAGACACUCAUUUUUCACCAGCGCAGUCGGCGAUUCUACUUGGCUUGGGCUUGCAGCAUAAAACUGUCGAUAAAUUGGCAGAAGAAUUGAAUUUACAAUCUUCGCAAUUACUCGGUCUAUUCAAUCGUAUAAUUCGUAAAUCGGUCCAAUACUUUAACAGUGUCGCAGAAAAAUAUGUCGAACAUACUAUGUUGACCAACCAAUUGGUUAACGAAGAUGUAAAAUUGAAUCCUUUAGGUGGGCAAAGUUUACACGAGGAAUUAGAAAAUGCAGCUAAGGAAUUAAAAAUUAAACAAAAAGCAGAAUUAGAGAAACUGAAAAAAGAAAAUUUAGACCAAUACGCCAUCAAGGGAUCGGAAAUGGAAUGGACCAGUGCGCUGUCUGGCAAACAUAGUAAAAACCUUAUUUCUAUAAAGACUGGUGAAAAGAGAGCAACGGCGGAAAGCACCAUACAAGAAUCUGAGAAAAAACACCCAAAGAAGAAGAAAAAGAAACAUACAUAAUUUAUGUAUAAUAUGAAAUAAAUAAAUAAUUGACAGGUUAUAAAUA